AUGCCGCGCCGAGAGGACUUAGUAAAGCGAUUCCAACUUACGGUCGUGUUGGAGGCUUGGUUUGGAUUAUACGACCAGGAUCCAUACCUGUCAAACGGUACGACAACUGUUGCUGUUGGUGCGGAGUAUCAAGUCCAAACCAACAAAGAUGAUUAUGAUAACGACAAUGGUCGUAAAUCCGACCUCAUGCUGAUGGAGGACAUUCCUCUGCCCAUGGAUCCUCGGAAAUUCUCCCACAUUGGUGGGGAAAGCGUCCAGCGUUCCUUGAAGACAGAGUUCGAGGUCAUGGAUCAAGACCCCUACUCUAGCGACGUUCUUGCAGCUGCCGUCGAGGCCAGCUCCUUAUCACCAGACGCCGAAGAAGGGGAGUUGCGACUUUCGGGGGGGUGGGGUUGGGCGGGGAGAAAGUGGGAUAGAGAAUUUGAGAAUUUCAAAGAGUUGAAGAUAGAGCUGUUGAUGAAACUGUAUAUGAGAUACAGUACUAGUGUCAGAGUCAGUACCAGACUGUCUGGCAGAUGA